UGCUAUUAACUGCACAGGUCCAGUAAUGCGAAGGACAAUCUCUGUGUCACUUGCAUUAAACUCCAUGCCAAUUCCACGCUGCAAAUCUACAGUCGCUCAAUGAUGAAGUUAAAAGGACCAGUCUCUGGCUGUCUUAACAAUGGAAGGUCAGUCUUGUGCUAACAUAGAGACUAUCCAGCAAGUACUCUCCGAAUCAAGUCCCCCAUCCUUCCUUAAUGUGCUGAAAAUACAUCGAGAACUUUUAGUCAGCAAAAUCCGAAACACACAAUGUUUGAUUGACAACUUGAUUAAGAACGAAUACUUCUCUAUUGAAGAUGCAGAGAUUGCCGUGCAGUUUCCUACUCAGGCCGACAAGGUUCGUAAAAUUCUGGAUCUGGUUCAAAGCAAAGGAGAAGAAGUUUCAGAAUAUUUCAUCUACAUCCUACAAGAGGUCUCUGAUGCGUAUUAUGAACUACAGCCUUGGUUGGAUGAAAUAGAUUUCCGCCCAUCACAGAAUGUUCAAAACAAACCUGUUACAAAUACAGAUCCAGUUAGCAGGUAUCGCCAGAAACUCAAAUAUGAAUUGGGACGAGAUACAAAGUUUGUUAUGUCUUACGCUCAGAAGGAGGAAAUGCUUCUGGAGGAAACCUAUUCUGCUAGUCUUAUUGAGUUGGUCAGUUAUACCAAUGAGAGCCUAGGCUAUGUGAGCCACUUAGAAGACCUGUUUGAUGAUAAAACUGGGGUAAUUAACGAACAUGGAGAGACGAUCUACGUCUUUGGUGAUGCAGGCAUUGGAAAAUCCAUUCUGUUGCAAAAGAUGCAAAAUCUUUGGGCCAGAGAAGAAUUGGGUGUAGGUACCAAGUUUUUCUUCCGGUUCAGAUGCAGGAUGUUUAGCUGUUUUAAAGAGAAUGACGCCAUCUGUUUGAAGGAUCUCCUGUUUAAAUACAACUGCUACCCUGACCAGGAUCCUGAGGAGGUAUUCAACUACAUCCUGCACUUCCCGCAUGCAGUCCUCUUCACGUUUGAUGGCUUUGAUGAGAUCCAUUCCGAUUUUGACCUGAACAGCAUCCCAGAGAUCUGCUCACCCAAUGAACCUACUCACCCACUUGCCUUGCUAGUGAAUCUUCUCAGUGGAAAAGUUCUUAAGGGAUCAAGGAAAGUUCUGACCGCAAGGACUGGAACUGAAGUUCAUCAAAACAUCAUUAGGAAGAAAGUACUACUCCGAGGGUUUUCCAGCAAUAACCUGAAGGAAUAUUCUAGGAAUUUCUUCAGAGAUGAGGAGUGUCGGGUAUUGAUGUUGAACCAACUGGAAGCGAACCCCAGUCUCUGCAGUUUGUGUUCAGUGCCUUUGUUUUGUUGGAUUAUCUUUAAAUGCUUUGAACACUUCCACGCCAUGUUCGACAGUGCUGAGCUUCCAAACUACUCAGUUACACUCACAGAUGUUUUUUUGCUCAUGACUGAAGUUCACUUGAACCGAACUCUGAAAACAAAUUUGCUGAAAAAGAACACCAGGAGCCAAGUGGAGACAUUCAGGUCAAAAAAGGAAACUCUGUUCUCUUUGGGUAGAAUAGCACAUAUGGGGAUGGAAAAGUCUCUCUUUAUCUUUGACCAGGAGGAAGUCACAGCCUUGAACAUGUCAGAGCAGGAUUUGCACCUGGGAUUCCUCAGAACAGUUCAUGACUGUGGUGAUUAUGAAGACCAGUCCUAUGAGUUCUUGCACAUGACCCUGCAGUCUUUUUUCACAGCUUUGUUCCUAGUUACUGAGGAGAAAAUGGGUACAAAGGAGUUACUAAAGUUUUUCACAGAGUGCUCUUCCACUGAGACUGCCCAGUCUACUUGUCUCUCUAUUCCGUGGUUCCGUACUCACCCCAUAGGAGACGAUCCUUUCCGAAACAAAGAACAUUUUCACUUUACCAAUCUUUUUCUCUGUGGUCUACUUUCCAAAGGCAAGGAGAAGCUCAUCAGACAUUUAGUUUCACCUGUAGCCAUUAAGAGGAAAAGAAAUGCACUCAUCACUUAUCUCUUAAAAAGCAUGAAAUUUCACAUGGAGAGCCUGAUGCGGGCAAGACUUAAGGGUUAUAAACAGAUUCAGGUCAUGCCUAAUUUUGUUUGGAUGCUGAGGUGCAUUUAUGAGACACAAAGUGAAAAACUAGCCAAACUGACUAUCAGGGGCAUGAGAGCCAACUAUAUCAAACUUACUUAUUGCAAUGCCUAUUCUGCGGAUUGCAGUGCCAUUUCCUUUGUUAUGCAGCACUUUCAGAAGCAUCUCGGUCUGGAUCUAGACAACAAUAAUAUCAAUGACUAUGGAGUAAAACAGCUUCUACCUUGUUUUAAUAAGCUUACAGUGAUCAGGCUGAGUGUUAACCAGAUCACAGAUCACGGAGUAAGAGUACUAUAUGAUGAGCUCUCCAAGUACAAAAUUGUGACUUUUUUGGGCUUGUACAACAACCAAAUUACAGAUGUUGGAGCCAAAUACGUUGCAAGACUCAUUGAAGAAUGUUCAAGUCUCACAUAUGUUAAAAUAGGGGCUAACAAGAUAACCAGCGAAGGAGGGAAGUGUCUUGCCCUUGCUAUCCAGAAGAGCAAAACGAUGUUUGAAAUUGGAAUGUGGGGUAACCAGGUUGGAGAUGAAGGAGCGAAGGCAUUUGCAGAGGCGCUCAGGAAUCACCCCACUUUAACAAAUGUGAGUCUUGCAUUCAAUGGCAUUACGACAGAGGGAGGCAAAAGCAUUGCUGAAGCUUUGCAGCACAACAACUCCGUGAGGAUAUUUUGGUUGACUAAAAAUGCAUUUGAUGACGAAGCUGCAGAGAGAUUUGCAGAGAUGCUGAGAGUCAACAAGAAGCUAGCACAUUUAUGGCUUAUUCAGAAUCAGAUUACAGCCAAAGGGGCCAAGUACCUCAGUGACUCUCUCCAGGAGAACACAACCAUUAAAGAAAUCUGCUUAAAUGGGAAUCUGAUAAACCAAGAAGAGGCCAAAGCCUUUGCAAAUGAAGAGCGGAUCAUUUGCUUUUGAGUGUAUUCUUUCCAGUGUGGACAAGCUCUGUAUCACAGGUACUGUUCCAGCACUUAAAGACUACGGGAUUACCAAGGUAUCCAUCUGCACUGGGAGCCAGUGGUUACUUCACAACAUGGGUCGGGUUAACUGGCUUUUUCAGCACUGUGCUGUGCCCUUCACUUCCAGUUCCCAGUAAGGUGCCUGCAUUGUUAUGCUAUGCAUUUGCUGAGUGCGAGAGUACCUCAGAGAACUAUGUUUGUCCAGUGCUUUGAUGAUUUAAAGUGCUGUGGCAGUGUAAACAAACCAACUCCCCCCACCCCACCCGGGCAGGUCUGUGUACUUGAUACAUGUGUAUAUACAUAAAGCUAUAAGUCUCUUUAUAGCUUACUGAUAUGUACAAUAUCUUGUGGACAAGCUACAAGCUCACACAACCAUGCCCAAUAGAACGAGACGCACUUGUGAGCAUUUGGAGAUUGAGUAGCACUGUAAACCAUCCAUGCAAGGCACUUUUUGCUGUUGUCUUCAACACUGCUACUCUUUUCUGCCUGGUACCUGAGGUCUGAUUUUCUCAAGGACUCUCAGUGGAUGUUCAAGAUCCUGCUUCUCCAGCGUGCUGAACUUCAGCCAGGGGUUAUUUUUAACACUCCUUCUCUGGAGCUGAUUUGGCCAACUUCCCCCGUAUACCCAGCUGCAUGCCUGCCAGCCAUUUUGUUGGCAUCACCACCAUGGAUCCUCUCAUUAGAAUGCAGUGUUAGGUGUAGAUGUGGCCCACUGUCAUCGCAAUGUUCAGUUGCGAGGAAUUGGGGGGGAUAAACCUGAAUAAGCAGGCUGCUCUCUGCAGUGCACCCACUGAAUUGGCCUCUAGAUACUAGACAAAUUUAGCUGUAGAAUGUGUCAGUUUUUCCAUGAGAAAAAUCAGACACCUUUUUAAAUGCAUCUCAAGCAGCAAAACUCUCCAACCCAUGAAAUACUUUUCAAAAGUUCAGCCAAGGUUUGUUAAUUUUCCUUUAGUUAAAUGUAUUCAUUCAUAGAUCAAGUUAAAAAACCAAAAUCACCUACUUGUGUGUGUGCUGGAGUCUCCAUUUACUAACUUGCCCCCAGAGCCAGGUGGGAUAAAGGAAGGAAGUUGUGGUACAGAUUUUAGUAAAAACAUUCUUUGUGGCGGUCUAAGUUGAAAUAUUUUAAAGGGUUUUCUGUUUUAAAUCCACCCCCAUCUCUUUUUGGUAGUAGCACCCUCCUUUUUCUCCAACACGUACUUCCAAACAGUGUGAAGGCAUAUUAGUGCUUGUUGUUUUCAGUGGCAUUUCUCAUCAGCUGUCAUGCCAGUGAAUAGUUCUCCUCCCACCCAGGUGAAGAGAUGACAUUUCCAGUCUUCCUAGAGUCUAGACAAAUCAGCUAAGUGGAUUGAUUGAUGUGGUUUUGUUUACUGAAGCAAAAAGGUGCACAGUUAGUCAUGCAGCAUAUUUUAGCAAUGAAGACAUCUGCCAAGACAAUAGUUAAAGCCCUGUUAAAGGCUAUUUAAAAAACCCCACAUUUCUUAGACCAGGUCUACACUGUACGUUCAUUGUUAAAACUCAGAUAUGAAAACAACACACCCCGAAUGAUAAAAUUGUAAAUGAUGGAAAACAUCCCUAUGGACGCCAUUUUGUCAGAGGAUGAUUUUAUUAUGCCAUCAGGAGAGCUCUCUUUUCAACAAAGCAAGGCUAUGCUACUUACAUUACAGUGGCACAGCUCAGACAUAGCCUAAGGCGAGGUCUACACUAGACCCAGAAGCUCAACUUAAGGUACAUAACUCCAGCUAUAUAGAAUAGGGAGCUGGAGUCAGUUUACCUUAAGCCGAGCUUGGCAGUGUCACCGCAACAGGAGGCCGAUGAGAACAAACGCUCCCAUCGGCUUCCCUUACUCCUGCCAAGGAGUACUAGCCGCCAGCAGGAGCACCCUCUGAGGGUUUUUUUUUUUAGCAAGUCUUAAUUAGACUAUGGCAGAUGCAAGCAAAAGAGAAAAGGGUGUGAUCCUGAGCGGUAGCAAGUCCUCUUUGUUCCUACGGUGCUCAGCAUAUCCCAAGAAGUGUGUUAAUAGCAGAAUUAGACUUUAGAGCAGACUCAACGUUUGAUGCCCCGCGGCCACAAUGAUACUCACAGCACAUGCUGAGGGCCGCAACUUCAGUGUGGUUGCAGAUAGAAGCUAUUUGCAUGUUUCUCACUGACGGGCAUGA